AUGGAGCAAGAUGCUACAAUCACUAGAAAAGCUCUUGGACGAGCUGCGUUUCUGGGUGAUUUAUAUGAUGCCAGAAAAGAAGAAUUUUGUGGACUUUCUUUACUUAAAAGUGAAUUACCAGCAACAAUAAUUUCAAACAUGGAUGUACCAAGCACUCGAUUGGAAUACGACUUUUCAGAUACAUUCGAAGAAAAAUUUAACAAAUUAGAUGUACAAGCGCAAUUGAAAAUCAAUGUGCUUGCUGGCUUAUUUAAAUUGGAAGGAUCUGGAAAAUACUUGGGCGAUGAAAAGAAAAGCUAUAAGUCAGUCAAGUGUACUCUGAUUUAUGAUAUAAGAACAAAAGAAGAAACUUUUACCAUUGGAAAUGAAAAGUUGGAAAAGCUAAUAUCUUAUGAUGCAAUAAAAAUGCCAGAUGCGACUCAUGUUGUGGUUGGAAUAAAAUGGGGUGCAAAUGUGUUUGCUUCAUUUGAAUUCGAGAAUAAAGAAAAUUAUCAGAAAAAGUAUAUUGAAGGAAUAUUACAAGCAAAUAUGGAAAAAAUAGCAUUAUCAAUAAAAGGGAGCGGCUCUGUCCAAUUUACUGAAGAUGAAAAUCAAUUGAAAACAAGUUUAUCAAUAAAGUUCUUUGGUGAUAUAAUUCCUCAAGACGAAGAACUACCACAAACAUUUGAAAAGACUCUUGAGCUAAUGAAAAAAGUUCCAUCCUAUCUGACAAAAUUCAAUAAUGGAAAAGGAAAACCUCUUGAAUAUACAUUAUAUCCAUUGAAAAAUGUUGAAAAAUUUUUCCAAUUAGAAACGAGAAUUAAGAGAACAUUAAUCGACUUAAAUCUUGAAACAAUAACACUUCUUGAAAAAGAGUUUGAUGAUUUGUUACAAGCUAAACAAAAGUUCAAUGAUUUUUACAAUGAAGUAAAUGAAAAUAGUGACUUUGUUGCCAGCGACAAUCUUGGUGAAAUUUAUAAAAAGAGUCAUCAAAUAAAAACAUGUGAAGCUGCAUUUCGAGAACAAAUUGCAACCAAAUUAGUAGAAGUAAGAUCUGGUACAAAAAAACCCAUAACAAUAGAAAAAAUAUUAACAAAAUUUCACGAAAAACCUGGUUUUAUUAUGGAUAUUUCAGCAUUUAUCGAAAAGUAUACAAAAUUAAUAACUACAAUCAAACAAAUUGCAGUAUUUAAAGAAAACAAAAUUAUUUAUUUGGGUAAAAGAGAUGCAUCAGAUGUUCUUCCGAUGCAAAAUAAUGGUGAUAUAUAUUUAUUUUACAUGAACGAAGAGCUAAAAAUAAGAAAUAAUCAACUUUACGAAGAUAGCUACCACUAUUUUUUAGACUUGGUUCGAGAUGUGGAGAAAAAACAGUCAAAAUUUGUUAUUAUUGAUUAUAAUAUACAUCCUGAAGUGAAAACAAAAAAAGAAAUAAAAAUCUGUUAUUAUAGAAACGGAAAGCUCGUGGCUGAUGAUUUGUAUAAAAGUAAAAAAGAAUCUUUAAGUUGGUGUAUUGCAAAAUCGCAAUUAACAUCAUCUACAUUACGCAAACCAGCUACAACUACAAAACUUUCCAUUCCUUGUGCUGGAAUAAAAUUAAACUAUCAUUGUCCUCGAGAGAAAAAGACUUGGACAUGUGAAAAAUGUCAAACGUCUAUUGAAUAUGGCUAUGAUAACACAUUUUAUUGCUCUUGUGGAGGAGCUGCCGCUGAAUCUUAUUCAUUUAAAUGUAGUAGUCCACUGCAUCCUGACGAAUUUCUCACAUUUACCAAAGAUGAUUUGGAACGCUAUUUACCAAAUAAAGAUGCAGAAAAUGAAGUGAAUAUUUUACUACUUGGUGAAACAGGCGUUGGAAAAUCGACAUUUAUCAAUGCAUUUAUUAAUUAUUUAACGUUUUCUUCACUUGAAGAAGCAGCAAAAGAAGAACUUAGGGCAGGAAUUUUUACAAAAUUUAUCAUUACAGAUGAUAAUUGUAUGGAACGUACAAUAAAAAUCGGUUAUGAUGAUAGUGAAUGUACUGUAGAAGGUCAAUCGUCGACACAAUAUGCAAAAGCACACGUUUUUCAUAUAGAUGAUUUAACUUUAAGAAUAAUUGAUACACCUGGAAUUGGUGAUACACGCGGAAUUGAAAUGGACAAACAGAACUUGCAAAAUACACUUUCAUACAUAUCCAAUUAUGGUCAUUUAAAUGGUAUAUGUAUUCUACUGAAACCUAACAAUUCAAGAUUAAAUUUGGAAUUUCGAUACUGCAUAAAAGAGCUAUUGACGAAUCUUCAUAAAAAGGCUACAGAUAACAUCGUUUUCUGUUUUACAAAUUGUCGUGGUACAUUUUAUAAACCGGGUGACACAUUACCAGCUUUGAGAACUCUGUUGAAGGAUUUAGAAGAACAAUCUGGCGUUUCGAUACCUCUACAAUCAAAUAUUUUUUGUUUCGAUAAUGAAUCAUUUCGCUUUCUUGCAGCAUUAAAACAAGGUGUACAAUUUAAUGAUGAUGAUAAAAGUGACUUUUCUAAAAGCUGGACUCGAUCGGUUAAAAUGACUGAAAAUAUGAUAAGUUAUAUUUUGAAAUGUCCAACUCAUAAAAUAAAGGAAACCAUUACCUUAAACGAAUCUCGUAGUUUAAUUAUGGAGCUAUGUAAACCGAUAGCAGAGAUAUCUCAAAAUAUUCAAUUAAAUAUCAAAUUGGCUCAGGAUCGAAAAAAAGAACUUGCAGCAAAUGAAUUAUCAAUUAAUGAAUUGGAAGAUAAAUUGUAUAUUCCUCAAGUGGAGCUAGUACCCGUAAGCUUAGAUUAUCCUCGUACUGUUUGUACACAGCCAAAAUGUACAAAAGUUGUUACAUCUAACGGCAUUGCAAAAGUGGAUUAUCUGACACAUUGCCAUCCUCAUUGCUAUUUACAAGGUGUACCGCCUAACACGAUUGAUCAUUCGGCUUUGCGAAAAUGCGAUGCAAUGGUUAAUGGAAUAUGCAAAAUUUGUGGUUGUUCAUGGACAACCCAUAUGCAUAUCACAUAUGAAAAUAAACAAGAAAUAAAAUAUGACAUUGAUGAUAAUGUUCAAAAAAUGAUUCGCGAAAAGACAAGCAAUUAUGAAUUGAUCGUUGCAUUAAAUAAUCAUUGCGAUCGUUUAAUCGAGGAAUUGCAAUAUGAACAAGGCGUUAUUACUAAAAUCGCUGCAAAAUUUGCAUAUUUUACGCGUAAAAAUGCAAUCGCUGUUUUUAAUGAUGACCUUGAAAAUUAUCUUGAACAUUUAAUUAAAGAAGAAGAAGGAAAACGUUCCGCUGGUUCUCAGAAUAGUUCAAUUAUUGAUGGGUUAAAAACCAUGAAAAAUAGUUACAAAGAACAGCAAAGAGUAUUUGAUCAAGCUAUUAGAAACAACAGAGAAUACGAAGAAGUUGAAUUAAGCCAAAUACCACAACUGGUUGGUCAAUUAUAUUCAUUAACACAUAAUGGCGAACAAUUAAAACAAAUUGUUGAAGAGUUAAAAUAUGGUAAAUGUCGGGCUAUUAAGUUUAAGGAAGAAAAACAUGAUAUUAUUCCUAAAAGGAGCAACAAGAAAGACAAUGUAAUCGUGGCAGGAAUAAAACAUAUUUGGAAAACCGUUUAUUAA